ACGAGGAGGACACCAGAGGUAAACAAGGAAAGAGAUCAAGAUGAAUCAAUCGAAAACACGUCACCGGAAGUAAACAAUGAAAAGGCUAAAGUUAGACCGAUUGAAAACACGUCACCGGAAGUAAACAAGGAAAGAGCUAAAGUUGGACCGAUUGAAAACAUGUUACUGGAAGUAAACAAGGGAAGGUCUAGAGUUGAACCGAUAGAAAACACGUCAAAGGAAGUAAACAAGGGAAGGUCUAGAGUUGAACCGAUAGAAAACACGUCACUGGAAGUAAAUAAGGAAAGAAAACAAGUGGAACUGAUAGAAAACACGUCAAAGGAAGUAAACAAGGGAAGAAAUCAAUUUGAACAGAUAGAAAACACGUCAAAGGAAGUAAACAAGGGAAGGUCUAGAGUUGAACAGAUAGAAAACACGUCAAAGGAAGUAAACAAGGGAAGGUCUAGAGUUGAACCGAUAGAAAACACGUCAAAGGAAGUAAACAAGGGAAGGUCUAGAGUUGAACCGAUAGAAAACACGUCACUGGAAGUAAAUAAGGAAAGAAAACAAGUGGAACCGAUAGAAAACACGUCAAAGGAAGUAAACAAGGGAAGAAAUCAAUUUGAACAGAUAGAAAACACG